AGUGAGUUAUCGACGUCGCUGCACAUGUGGUCCGUUCAGUGAAGAAGCGACAGAGAGAAGAAGAGAAGUUCUGUCUGCAGCAUCGAUAUUAUAACGCUUUACAUCAGAUAACAUGAGGCCAGGGUUCAGUCCUCGAGGGGGGCGAGGAGGAUUCGGUGACAGAGGAGGACGAGGACGAGGGGGUUUUGGUGACAGGGGCGGACGAGGAGGAUUCGGUGACAGAGGACGAGGUGGAUUCAGAGGCGGAAGAGGUGGAUUCAGGUCCCCAGACGGUGGAGGAUUUCGAGGCAGAGGGGGUGGCAGAGGUGCCCCGAGAGGGAGAGGAGGCAGAGGAGGCUUUGGAGCAGGGAAGAAGGUCUUGGUUGAGCCACACAGACAUGAAGGAGUGUUCAUCUGCAGAGGGAAGGAGGACGCCCUGGUGACCAAGAACAUGGUGGUAGGAGAGUCUGUGUAUGGAGAGAAGAGGAUCAAUGUGGAGGAAGGAGAGGCUAAGAUUGAAUACAGAGCCUGGAAUCCGUUCCGCUCCAAGCUGGCAGCAGCCAUCUUGGGAGGAGUAGACCAGAUCCAUAUCAAGCCUGGAGCAAAGGUCAUGUACCUGGGAGCUGCUUCGGGUACCACAGUGUCCCACGUUUCUGACAUUGUUGGACCGGAAGGGCUGGUCUAUGCUGUGGAGUUUUCCCAUCGAUCAGGUCGUGACCUUCUCAAUGUGGCAAAGAAACGCACCAACAUCAUUCCAAUCAUUGAAGAUGCCCGCCACCCACACAAGUACCGCAUGCUAGUUGGCAUGGUGGAUGUGAUUUUUGCUGAUGUUGCGCAGCCUGACCAGACAAGGAUUGUUGCUUUGAACGCUCACAACUUCCUGAAGAAUGGAGGACACUUUGUUAUCUCCAUCAAGGCUAACUGUAUAGACUCAACAGCAGCUCCUGAGGCAGUGUUUGCUGCAGAAGUGAAGAAGAUGGGUGCUGAGAACAUGAAGCCACAGGAACAGCUCACACUCGAGCCCUAUGAGAGGGACCACGCUGUGGUGGUGGGCGUCUACAGACCUGCACCUAAAAAGAAAUGAGAUGUGGAAGAAGUCCCAGGGAAACUGCUUACCAUUUUCAACCACCAUCCACUUUUUGUACUCGGAGCGCUGUCUAUUGCUCUCCUCUCCUCCUCUGCCUGCCUGUCCUGUCAUGAAAGCAUGACCAGUGAUCAGGAUCAAAAUUGGCCAGGUUUUGUUUUUUGUUUUUUUGUUUUUUUAUCCCUCGACAAUUAACUGACCAAACAUCCAACUGCUAGUCUUUGUAUUACUGACUUUACUUGACAGUUGGGCCAUUUCAGGCACAGAUUUCUAUGAGUUUAUGUCCGAUUGGAGUAAGUUAGUAGUACAAUUUUUAUAAUCUAUAAAGGUUCACACAUCCGAUGGGACCAUCCUUAAAGUGAUGCGUAUAUCCAACUGAUUAUCAGGUCUGUUUCUGGGCAACUGCGCACCAGUUAGACUAAAUAAAGACUAAAUGACAGUGGUCAAGUGUUAAAUAUCCAGUCUUAUGAAGUGUGUCCACAGCCUUAGAUGAGGUGUGAGGGAAUUUUGAAUUCAGGUGCCACUUUUUUGUGAAGGUACUAUCUACCCUGAAAAUGUUUUCAACAGAGGGUAUACAUAGUUAUCUGAAAAACUUUUGCUAGAAGACUUUUAUGCAUUUAUGCAAGUUUGAAUAACUUAAGUUUGGCUCCAAUGUGGCUUUUUGUUUGGACUGUACUUUUAUUUCAUUUUAGUACUUGUUUGUGCUCCUCAUCCUUUUAUUUUAUUUUGCGUCCUUCUGGUCCCCUGCUCUUGCCUUUACCAGGGUGCUUCUGAUUCCAGAUAGCAUAAUCCCAUAUUGGUAGGGAUAUCCCAGUUAUCCACUUGACAUAAAAGUGUUUAUAAUAACUAACCCGUCAGACCUUAUGCAUGGUAAAAUAUGUUUAAUGUUGUGUGUACUCAUUGCACAACACCUGCUCUUUGUAGGUAAGAAACCCGAAUGCUGAUCUGAUUAGUGGUGAGGUGGUAAACUUGACCCUGUGUGUACAGAAAAAUAUAGACGGUGACUUUUUCACUCUGACUUGUAAUUUGUUAGUAUAGCUUUUGUGUUGAGAGUAAGAGCAGAAUGGUUGUUGUUUUUGCAACAAUGUAUGCUUGGAACACUUUGUUUUUGUCAUAACCUGCAACUUUGUUUUAAAUAAAAUGUUUGAUUGUUA